GCGCCGCUUGGGGUCGAAACCGUCACCGCCGCUGUUCGUCGUUGGAGAGUGCGAAACUGCUACAAACGUUGAACGGCGACGGCCCUGACGGAACCCACCAGAGAAGGAAGCAUAUUUUCGAAGGAACGCACUAAACCUGCUCAGAGGGAGUUGAACGGUCAGUGCGCGAGUACACUCUGGGAAGGCGGCUCGGCAGGAUUGGAGGAACUGCACAUAGGGUUCAUGCAAUACGCUGUGGCGCUUGCCUAUGCUGUGCAACACCACGCAGGCUUUUCGACGACUACAACAGGUAUAGCUGUUGUCACUUCGAAUACUAUUGCUAUUGUAGUAUAUGGCGAUCCUGCAGUAUUCAACUAAAUAAAUCGCUGACGCAGGCGCGCUAAGGAUGCGGAGCUGGAAGGCAAGGCUUUGAAGUGGAGUGCUCGGAAUAGUUUGGCCAGCUGCAUUGACGGUCAGCGGCGAUCGCAACGGCGAUAGUAUUGCAUCCUUCCGUCGCAAAGGGUGGAGAAACUAAAGGAGUAAUGGAUCUUCUGGACCGACUGGAGCCAUGGGCUUGUGCCAGAAGGCCCCAGUUUUAAUAAUUCGCUAUAAACGAGCGGGUAAAGCUUAAUUUCGAAGCCGAAAACCAUUAUUGCCAGGUACGUGACUACGACAUUGUUGUCGUCAGAUUGCAAAACGGGCUAGUUAGACUAGCCGCAUCGGCAGUGUAACAACAACACGAACCAACGUGUUGUGCACGUAGUAAUAGUGCACGGUGAGGAACCCAGAAAGAGCGAGGAGCGGACAUGUGACCCAGACAACACAAAGCGAAGCUUUUCCAUCCAAGUGCAAUACACAGAUAUCUAUGUAUAGUUGUACAGAUCCGUUGUGUCUUUAUAGGCACGGGCCGAUGUUGACGUUCAUAUUGUUGAUGUUGUCGUGGCCAUCAUUGCGAUCGUGGGGCACAUCUAUUGUCGUCUAGUGGGUGCUCUGUGCAAUAAGAAGAAAAGCGAAGUUAUGUGAACGAGUCUUGGCUGGCUUUGCGGUAAAUGGAACGAAUUUUUGCGAAGCAAGACGACCUUUUGAGAUCAAAACAGGUGGCAUCCGGCAUAGGUUCAGCGGCGUCUGGCGCUUAAUGUUCGCAUACGCUCAUGGCAAAGGAGUUAUUGUCGUUGCGGCACAACAUCGCGACCCUGGAGUAAUUCAUAUUAUAGCAGUGUUGUAUAGUCGUUCAUCUACUAACCAUCAGUGCUUUGUAAUAAUUAAUAGAGAGUGUUAGUGUAGGUGAUAGUGGUUACUUACCAGCAACAACAGAAGUCCUUCACGACGGAAAAAGCGUGAAGAAUAGCUUCUAACCGUUCGACCGGCGUAUACGCUUCGGUCGAUUUAGCAUAAAUAAAGCGAACCAAACAGAUCAAGCCAGCGUCGUGAUUCCAUGCCCAUCAUGGAUGCGAGCUCAGACAGUAGCAAUAAUAGCGUCGACGUUGAGGAGGCUACCGACGUCAAAGUGCAGGUUCAACAGGUCCAACAACAGAUGCAGCAGCUGCAACAGAUCCACCAAAUGCAACAAAUUCAAGCUCACAUGGCUCAAGCUCAGGCCCAGGCACAGGCCCAUGCCGCACAAAUGCAACUUGAACCGAUCGAGCUGAGUGCGCGAAGGGCAGCCUUCUCUGUCGAUCAUAUCCUAGAGCGGAAUUCAAACUUUCCAGCUAUGGCAUUGCCUGGCCUACACGGAAUACCAAACCUUCCCAAUAUUAACAUGGCUACUUUGGGGAUGACCGGGCCCCCAUCGGCGAUCGCAACUGUACAGACGAAAACCGAACCCGAGGAGUCAACGAGGGGAGACUCUGUUACACCUAAUAGAAAACCGCUUAAAUUCAGUAUAAAUGCCAUUCUUGAACGAGACGAUUAUCCUCGAACGGAUCGUUCGCCAUCACCCUUAGAAGUCGGGACGCCGCUUCAACCUCUGUGCCACUUCCCUGGUCCAGAAGUGAGUCUGGAUAGUUUGUACUAUUUGAAUAUGAUGCAAGGAGCUGCGUCCGGUACAGGACUUGCAAGUCCUGCAACACAACCUGUUGUUCACCCCUUUGCAAUGAACACAGGCUCGUUCUCGUGGACGGCUGCCCGUGGUAAGCCACGUAGGGGCAUGAUGCGGAGAGCAGUAUUCUCGGAUCAACAACGGCAGGGCCUAGAGAAGAGGUUUCAGAUACAGAAGUACAUCUCUAAGCCGGACCGGAGGAAGCUUGCCGAGAAGCUGGGGCUCAAGGAUUCACAGGUGAAGAUCUGGUUCCAAAAUCGUCGGAUGAAGUGGCGCAACUCAAAGGAACGCGAGUUGUUGUCUUCGGGCGGCUCUCGUGAGCAGACAUUGCCCACCAAACGAAACCCUAACCCGGACCUAUCAGAUCCAAAACCAGUAAAUCCUCAUGUCUCGCCUUCACCGGUCGUUCCCGUUCCGCUGGUGCCGUCACCCCCGGGCGCUGGCCUGGGACCCCAGUCUCUUCCACAGUCGUUGGCGAUCCCCAAACGGCUAUUGGGAACGCCAGCGCCCCCACCUUCGGAGGGCCCGGACUCCCCGGGAGCCUUCAUCGAACCGGGCAGAGAAGAGGUACCAGCGUUCCAUCGGUCACCCGAUGCUCCUUCACCUUCCGAAGCGACGACAACAACGCCAGUGUCCACAGCAUCAGUCGUCACUCCUACGCACUUUCACUUAAAUACACUCAGUUGAAAUAAAGGCCGCAUUGUCGGCCAAAUAAUUAUGGGGUUUUAGGAGGAUAAUUGGACAUAAGUGGGUGCCAAACCUGUUUAAGUAAUUUUUGCUAAUAAGUUCACACAGAUAAUGUUUAGCCUGGGAUGAAUCUGGGGUGGCGUUGAGGGGUAGUGGAGGUUUAUGGCGACAGCAACAACCCGGAAGAAGACUUGGCCAGCGAUGUAACGUGGACACAACACACGUUUCGCCUUGCUGCUAUUUACCAUAUACAGAGAAAGCGAACCAGUAAGGACGGCAAGUGACAGUGUACGGCACGGUCGACUCUUGUUCAUCAUGGUUUUUUAGAUAUUUUCAACAGGAUCGAGGUUUUUUCUAUAUUUGGAUUUGUAGAAAUGUAACAAACACUCACGGACACCACCAUCACUUGAAACGCGAGCAUGAGAGACACAAGUAUAAUAACACGUUCACUAUACUUUAAUAUAACCUUAUCUAAAUAUGAUAAAGGCACACAGUAUAUAUUAAUAUUCCCUAAGCUGCUACGAUGGUAAGAGCAAAUUGUAACCUCUGAUAGAAAAAGAAGGCACUCCGGGAACAAACUGAAAAACAUGUCCUACUGACUCACAAGUGCGUUUUUGUAUAAAGCCAGCAGAAGUGUCAAUCGUCACAAUAUAUGAUAGAUUAGAGAAAGUAGUGGGGAACGCAUCGACUACGCGCUGCGGUACGGCGAGCGACGCAUGGAAGGAAAAAUGAACAGUACUAACUAUACAUAACCAUAACAAUAACAAAUAAGAGCAAAACAAAUAAAUGAAGAAAAACAGCAGAAUAUGUAAUGCUAUAGAAGGAGACAGAACACACGAUAAAAGUGUGAUCGAAGUAUCGCUUUAGCGUAUUGAGAACGCCUCAAAUGCUAGCAUAUGAUCAAUCGGGGUAAAGGCGCUGCGGCAGGGAAAAAGCGAACAGAAAUUGAAUAACAACGUUGGCAAAACAAAUGGGAAAGAUAAUAAAAUUGUAAAAAGGACCGUAAAUGAGAGCCUGUUGUUUUCCAUUUGUGAUAAAGUCGUGGUCAGGAGCAAAUGGCGACGAGCAGUAAGAGCUUCACGGUAAUUCCACGCGGUGUUCGAAACUGUUGAAUAACAACGCCUUCGAGCUCGUUGAAUAAAUACCACUUUUAAAAAUGCCGCCACCGUUGCCGGUCAGAAGAAAGACGCAGUUACGACGGUGAGUGCAUUCCAAUAGACAUCUUGAACCGACAAGUAAUAACAGGUUUAAAGCAUACGAACUAUGAACGAUCAGAAGAUAAGCCAAAAUUAACCAAUAAGUUAUUUGAUGGCCUUGUAAAAAUGGAUACAACUAAAAAGAAUGUACAUUUUUCUAGUUUUAGAUCCGGUGCCGCGGUUAGGCGCUCCAUCACAGAGCUCACUUCCAGCAUUUAGCAUGGCUAAGAAACUGGUCUUGACCGGUAGCGCUAUGCGGGCAAAGAACAGACUAAGCGUAAAAUAUGUUAUUCCCGCUGGAAAACGUUUGUCGGAAUAGCCUAUAU